GUGCACUUUAUAGCAGGUAUUGGGUUUCGGACGACCUUUUGCCGGGCCAUCCGAAAAUUCACUUCGUAACGUAUUCGAAACUUCAUUAAUUUACAGUUUCGAUUGUCAGCUUGUCUUCAUCUCAUGCACAUAUAACCACACAGUGCCUCAGCACCCAAGGUACCUUCUGGCUAGACGCAAAGUUACCAAAGGCUGAAGUUACAACUUUUGUGAUACUUUCUGUUAAAAAUGGAUUUCCAACACCGUGUAGGGGGGAAGACUGGCUCUGGUGGUGUGGCAUCAGAGGCUGAAGCAAAUCGCGACCGUAGGGAACGUUUGCGACAACUGGCACUUGACACAAUUGAUCUGAACAAAGACCCGUAUUUUAUGAAGAAUCACUUGGGGACUUACGAAUGCAAAUUGUGCCUUACUUUGCACAAUAACGAAGGGAGCUAUCUUGCACAUACUCAAGGUAAAAAACAUCAGUAUAAUUUGCAAAGACGAGCUGUUGAGCAGGCUCGCGAGGCUCCAUCUACCAUGCAGCCAGAGCGCGUCAAAGUAGAGCCAAAGAAAUUCAUCAAAAUUGGUCGUCCUGGAUAUAAAGUAACUAAACAAAAGGAUCCAGAUGCUAAUCAACAGUCUAUGCUUUUUCAAAUUGAUUAUCCAGAAAUUGCUGAUGCUUCUGGUGUAAUACCUCGACAUCGGUUUAUGUCUGCUUAUGAACAACAUGUUGAACCACCAGAUAAACGUUGGCAAUACUUAUUAUUUGCUGCUGAACCAUAUGAAACAAUUGCUUUCAAAAUUCCGAGCCGUGAAGUGGAUAAAGACCCAAAAAAGCUAUGGACUUAUUGGAAUUCCAGCUCUAAACAGUUCUUCCUACAGUUUGCUUUCAAACUAGAAAGUCAGUCAUCUUCUACAGCCAUGCUUCGUGAUUUGGAAAUGCAGAAAGCCAAAGCUCAGCAUGCUCAACUUCAGCUUCAGUUACCUCCACCGCCGCCCCCACCACCUCCACCUCCACCACAUGCUAUUGGUCUUCCUAUUCCAAGUUUUCUUCUUAAUAUGCCUAUAAACACUAGCUUGACAAACAUGCCACCGCCGCCACCUCCACCACCAAUUAUGGUUGGAGCAAAAGAUACCAAGCCCUUAUUGCCUCCCCCUCCCCCGCCACCACCUUCAUUUUCACUUGGUGCUCCGCCGCCUCCUCCACCACCACCUACUUUUACGGCAAAUUCUAAUGCUUUAGGGACAAAUACUUCCUCAGCACCAAUCCCACCACCGCCUCCGCCAACUUCCGUUCAAAUGAAUGGGAACUAAGUAAUCUAUUUGUGUACUCUGUUAUUAUUUCUAUACACACAACGAGUUAUUUACCUAUUUGUUCUUGUAUAUUCAUACCUGUCAGUUUGUAUUAAUGCAUGUGAUUGUAAGAAAAAUACUGUAAUCAUCGUUCAUUAGGUGUAAGUUUGAAAAAUUUUCUAACAUCAUGGAUGGAUUUCACUUUAUAGUUAUUGAUCGCUUUUAAGUGGCACGAACUGCUGCAACACAGUAGAGAUUUUAUUAUAUCCUCAGGUUGUACUUUUGUUAACUUCAGCGAGUUGUCUAUUCAAGAUUACGCGUCAUUCUUUUUCAA